AUGGAAAAAGAGAAAGCGCACGUCGUCACCGGCGGCCUGAAGCUAAAGAAAGGCGAUUUGUUCAAGAAAAAGAAGAAGAAGAUGGACUUCAAAGAGGUCGACCUUACAAUCAAGAAAGACGGAGCCGCGGGAGCGUCGAAGAUGACGGAAGCUGAGCGAAAAUUCAAGGAACGACAAGAUAAGAAUAUGUUUGAACGGCUACAAAAGAAGGCGGCCGUCUCGCAUCGCGAAAAGGUGGAGGAGUUCAACAAGCAGAUGGGCGAGCUCACCGAGUUCAACGACAUCCCGAAGGAAUCGUCAACCCCCGCACAAGCGCAACGAGGUGAUCUACAAGGCCAAGUUGAGGGACAGGUAGCAAAACCGAAACGCCGUGCCGUAUUCGACAGUGACGCUCGGAAUGUGCCCAUAUCGUUGAAUUUCCCGAAUAAGAAGGGACAGGCAGAUUAUAACCCAAGCGCUUCUAUCGAGGAGCUGGUGAGGGAUGGGCCGGAUAUUAUGCGAGCGCAGACAAAGAUGCUCAUCAAAGAAACGAAGGAGAUCUUCAAAAAUGCCGAGCCAGGAAGAGUCGAAUUUUUGGAAGACAUCGGGCACGUUCGGCAGGAUGAAGCAAGAAUAGAGUACACCUUCGAUUCAGACGAGGCAUUAUCCCUCUGGCAUACCGGCUGCGAUUCCGAUUUCUCGGAGGGUUUUUCGACGGUGAAAUGGGAGCGCACGGAUCAGGGGACCGCGAUUUUUAGUGGAAACCUGAGCUCUCAGCUGAUGCGCACGGGAAAAGUGGAAAGAGCUGGUUGGGCCUCGAUCAAGCUGGAGCAGAGGCGCUCGUUCAACCGGAAGAAGUUCUUCGAUCGGUGGCGCAAUUUUUCGCAUUUGUUGGUAAAGUGUCGCGGCGACGGCCGUUCUUACAAGGUGAUGCUGCACGCGCCGAUGACGAUCGACGUCUCGUGGGGCGACUCCUGGUCGUUUCCGCUGCAUACGCACGGCGGCCCCUACUGGCAGUACGAGCGGAUCCCGUUUUCGAAAUUCUUCCACACCGUCGCCGGGCGGAUCCAGGACAAGCAGAUUCCCAUCCAUUUGCCGAAUGUUAGCUCGCUCGGCAUCGUGUUGAUGGACCGCGUGGACGGGCCGUUCAGGCUGGAGCUGGAGUUCAUCGGCGUCGUCAAGGACUGGACGCACCGCGAAAAGUUCGCCUACGAGACAUACGUCAUCCCGAUGUGGAACACGGCCGGCAUG